CGCCACAUUGUUCUAUGCCCGUCUGUUGUUAUGAUCAUUCUAGUUUCCUGUCAAUCACACUCUGGAACAGACAUUAUUUAGGAGGCGGAACGUUGUAACAGAGUCUAGUUUCCGGGGGGAAUGGAUGUAGUGUAACACCGCGGAGACCGGGCAGCAUGGAAGUGAAAGAUGCAAAUGCCGCCUUGCUGAGCAAUUUUGAGGUACUUCAGUUACUUACUGACCUAAAAGCACAGCAAAGGGAUGGAAGGAAAAACAAGAACAGCGUUGGACAGCAGAAUCUGAAUACGAUCAUGUAUGAGACGCUAAAAUACUUAUCGAACAGUCCCUGUCAACGGCAAAGUCCUGAAAUAGUGCAGGAGUUCCUAACUGCCCUAAAAGGGCAUAAACUAACCAAAGCAGAAAAACUGCAGCUACUUAACCACCGACCUAUGACAGCUGUAGAAAUUCAACUGAUGGUGGAGGAGAGUGAAGAAAGGCUGACAGAAGAGCAGAUUGAGGAGCUCAUUCAGACAAUUACUGGUAUCCUUCCUGGGGACCCAGAAGCUGAGACACAGGAACAAACCCAAAUGGAAGAGGAUGACAUUCCACAAGAAUAAUAUUUAUGAUUUCGUAAAUACUUGUUACAACAUGUAGUAAUUUAUUUGUCAUUGUUCCAGUGUGAUCAACCCAAUUAUAUUCUAUUUUUUUUUUUUUAUACUGAAUUUGUUUUAUAUUGCUGCUUAAUAUUGUUGCAACUUUUUUUUUUUUUUUUUGGAACACAGUGCUCUCUGCUGACAUCACGAGCACAGUGCUCUCUGACAUCUGUCAGCAGAGAGCACUGUGGUCAUGUCAGCAGAGAGCACUGUGUUCCAAAAGGAAAAUAAUUUCCUCUGUAGUUUCCAGCAGCUAAUAAGUACUGGAAGGAUUAAGAUUUUUUAAUAGAAGUAAUUUACAACUCUUUAACUUUCUGGCACCAGUUUUCCACCGGAGUACCUCUUUAAUUAUUGGAUUAGAAGUCAGUCUCCAAGAAUCUUUCACAGUUUUAUCGUCAUUCUGUUUGCCUUUGUCAGGAGUCAAACUACCACUGCCUUGAAUAUAACAAUUUCCUGUAGGUAUUUAUGCUAAUAUAAUAUUCACAUAUAUACUGGCAUAUUUGUAUAUGCCAAUACAUUAACAGUUAAGAGAUAACUAUAAAUGGUUCAUGUAAUUUUAACAAACUUUGCAUAAAUCAAUAGUUCAACAGAAUAGAAGAUAUUUUGCAAUAUAUCUUAUCAUAAAACAAUGCUUCUUUCCAUGCCAAACUCAUCAUUUCAUUCCCUCUGAAAAAUAGCUCAUUUAUGCUGUGUCUUUACAAGAUGGACUAGCAGCUCCGAGGACUAGUAUAGACUUUUUUUGUGAGGGGGCCGUUCAAGUGAGAAAAGGGGAACUUCUUAUAAUUAUUUACUGUAUGUAAAAAAUAAAAUAAAAGUUUGUAAAAACACGAAAAAAUUUGAAUAUGUAAACACAACUCUGACUAG